AGGACAGGCAGGAUCUGGCAGGAACAGGCAUUGGUCGUAAAGGCAAGGAAGGUCACAGGAUGAGAUUGAGGGAUAUGGGCCAAUGAGGAAAUCAAGGCGAUGCAACAUGGAUGGGUCACGUCUAUGCGAUGCGAUGCUGCGUGGAUGCGACUCGUGGUGCUGCUCUCUCGCUGUACUCCCCUGGCUGGAUCUACUUGAGCAGAGUGAGUCUCUGGAAGGCCAGGCGAUCGACUACCUGGCCUCUGCUCGCCAGGCCUUGCACUUGGUCUCUUACUCUCCUGCUCUUUGGUCAUCGCGUAGAAAGAAAACAAAUCGCAUCCAGAGUCAACAGAGACGGCGACUACUGCUGCUACUGCUGCUGCUUCUACUCUAUCAGUAAGUACUGCUGCUACUACUGCCUGGCAGGGCAUGAAGACCAUCCCGACACUCAACUAUGUCGCCGCCCAACUCGCCGCCAACACACUAGGCCUCGACAUCGCUUCAGUCGCCGGCCAGGAGCACUCACCCAGCAGUCCCACACGCAUGCGACGCGCCUCAUCCACGCCCGUCCAAGCGCGUCGUCCUUCCAGCCAGCAGCCAGGAUCCUCGCUCGAUGAGCAGCAUGAAUCAGCAUUGGGCUCUGCACGUCGCCUCUCCAAGAGACUCUCGACGCGCUUCACCAGAGACCUCGACGACAGAACAUCGCCCUCACCACCGCGCCGGAUGGCAGACCGCAACAACAAGGAGAAUGAAUAUCCAUCGACUGCCUCGCCCUCAAACAACCUGCCUGUACCGCAAAAACCACAGCCUGCAUCCAUCAGACGCGUCUAUCCGACUGCUGGCCAGGAUCGUCGGAUGCUGACACCCUUUGGCAUGUCACAUCCAGGGGAACCGUCGAUCGUGCAGACGCACACCACCACCGUACACGCAGGUCGUCCAAGAGGACUCUCCCUUGCUACAUCCCUGCUCUCUUGUGACUCGUGGAACGAUGAUGUGCCUGAACCUGUGGAGACACUACCGCUUGCGAGUCCGGGGCAGCUAGAUCAUAUUCAUGGCAAGAUGCUGGCUGAAUCGCAUGAGAACCACCUUAAUAAACGCAGCUCACGACGAUCGCUACAUGCGCAGAGUGAUGACACGACAUACGGCACUAUGACUGCGCAAGAUGCAGCGCACCAUCUACAAUCACACCACUCAUCUUCAGAAGAUUGGACGCACUCGCCUUCUCCACCACAACUCGCAUCACCCAUUGAGCAACACCAACGCUCGAGUCCAUUCGUGCCGAGUCCAGGGAGACAGCGAUCUGUUGGGUCUUUGUGGUAUGGCAAUGCUUCAAGUCCCGAAACAUCACCAGUCCUGGCGAAACGCAAACCACCACCCUUGGCAGCACGUCCACGUAUGCCUGAUUUCAUGAAUCCAGUCGUUGCUGAUGCUGCUGCCAUACCACAGAGUCCAGCCAAUGAUCGCAAGCACGGCAUGCGCAUCGAUACAGCAAAAGCCAUCCUGCAAGAACAUAAUGACCAAAUCUCACCACUGCCAGGGUCUUUGCGAAGUGGGUAUGGAAGUAUGCACAGCCAACCGCCUGCUUCUUCUUCCCUGAAAUUACGGCUCCCGCCACCUACCAGCAAUUAUGGGACGAGUAUUGGUGAUGCUUCCGUCAGGUCGAGACCAGGCACGACCAUGACGACCGAUGGCAAUAUAAUCCCCGGUCGUCGUCGCGUCUUGCGAACAGCCAGCGGUGGUAGCUACUCUGUUCCGGUCCCCAUCAUGCCAGCUGAAUCGUGGGAUGAUGAUUUUGGGGAAGGUGGUAGUGGUGGAGGUGAUCCUGUUGCAACAACCUUGGCAGUACCGGCAAGUAUUCGACGUUCACAAGCGUCCUUGCGUUCACAUGUUUGGCUUUUACGGCAAUUUGCUGACUUGGUGGCUGAUUUGAAGCAAGCGAGUCAUUGCGCACAUACCAGGACACUAGCUGAGGCUACAUCUCCUUCUGUCCCUGCAGACGUGAAGGACGCGCUUGAUGAAGCAGAAGCAAUCAUUGCACUCGCAGAUCAAGGUGAGACUGAGUUUGAAGCGGCAGAUUCCCUUCGAUCAAUCGAGUCUGCGGUCUUCUUGCAGCACGCACAGAUCCUCACGCGAAUUCUUGGGCCGACGGAUACGACGCUGGUGGAUGGACGCAUUCGACUCGAUGGUCAAGUCUUGGGCAUCCUGAAUGAGAAAUGCCAAGCGCUGCUUGCUACCCUCUCCAGCUAUACAGCGCUCGAUCACGAGCCUCGUGUUCUUGCGGCACAGAAAUCUCAGGAAGCCGGUGGGCCGGAGCUUGAGGGAGAGGAUGAGGAUGCGUUGUGGCUCUAAUGUGUGUUGUUUUAUGGUUGCACCGCGAGCAGCCUCUCGUCUAGUCUGUAUGCUUUUUUGGCGCUUGGCAUGUGCUUUCCAUCGUGUUUCCUCUAGUCUUGUACCUUGCAUCCAUAGCCCUCAUUGUCACUUCUAAUGAUCAUGC